UGAAGCACAAGUUUUUUCGAAAAAUUAGAAAAAAUUCAAUAAAAAAUUAAUUUUUCGACAUAAAUUGUAGGAAGCAACGAUGAUUCAGUUGUAUUUGCAACUCUUGAAGCCACUGAAGGAAGAUGACACUCGAGCCUUUGUCAGUUUAGAGUCAAUUUUUCCGCUGUUCAUGCAUCGAUACCUCAAACUUGCCGAAAAAGUACAAAUUUUGUUUGUAUUACGAGAGAAAAUUGAUCGCAUCGGUUAUUGGAUCCUUCUGGAAGACCUCGAAUACAGUUUGGAACAUGAACAAGAAUCGUGGGUGACCGCAUGUGAGCUUCCAUCGUUGAGAAUUGACAACGUUGGGAUUUCUGGGUUUUGUUGUGUUUGUCGACAACUUAUCAAAAGCACUGAUGAAAAAAGUGACCUCCAAUUGCUCGGAUUUCGUCAAAGAAGUCUCAAUACUCCGAGCGACGCCUCACCGUGGACCAAAUUAUGUGAAGUAGAAUUACCAAAAUGCCUUCAUGAGAUACAUUUUUGUACCAAAGAGAGUUUUUGGGAUAUUCCAGAGGAACUUUUACGACUUGAAAUGCAUCUUUCACUGCCAUUGAAGGUUCAUAACAUGCCAAAAUACUUACGGCAAAAGGCUGAUAACGACGAUGAAGUGCGUUUUAUUGAUUCUCAUCAAUUGACGAUCCUCGAUAUAAUUGUCUGGAUCUCGUACAAUUUAAUUUUCGACAGUAUUGGACGCGAUAAUUUACGAACCAAAGUGCCUCAUACCCUCGAAUGGUUCGGAAAUGUCGAGCCUUUGUUAGAAAAGGACUUUGGAAAAGUAUUAUCUCGCACGAAUAUCAUUAAUGGGAGUAAAAUAAUCGAUUGUCGCAUCACAAAAGAAGUGCGUAAAAGUACAUUUUAUAAAAUCGAAGCGAAACGAGCGGGAGUUAUUCAAAAGUAUACCGUACAAAAAGACGUCGAAAGUGCCUUAGAAAAACUUUCUGAGCUAAAAAUCGACUAUAGCAGUAAAAAUCCCGAAGGAUAUUGCAACAAUUUUGACUGGAAAUCACUGCCAACGGAGGUAAAUCCCUUCAAUGGGGACCUGCCAGACAAGAGAAUGCUGCGGAAACAACAACAACUCGAAAGUAUGGCAAUCGAAGUCGUUCGUAUUUCAAAACCGGGUGACAUUAUCGUGGAUUUUUGUUGCGGCACGGGUCAUUUGGGCAUCCUCAUCGCUUGUCUCCUUCCGAAAUGUCAAGUUAUUCUCUUAGACAACAACGAGGAGUCGCUUGUAGUUCGCGCCCGUGCUUGGGUUUCAAAGCUAAAACUCACCAAUGUCUCAUUUUUCUUGGGAAAUAUCAAUUAUUUCAAUGGAAAUUUCACGACGGGCGUUUCUUUGCAUGCUUGUGGCUCCGCAACUGACAUCGUUUUAGCAAAAUGUUGGGAAAAACGAGCAAAUUUCACAUGUUCUCCAUGCUGCUAUGGGAAAAUUAGUGAAACGCCGGUCACAAAAUACCCUCAAAGCCGAGUUUUUAGAGAAAAAAUCACCUAUGAUGAUAUUAUUACGAUCGCUCAUUGCGCGGAUCAAGGUCACGAACCACUCCCAGGCAUGGAGGAAAAUGAUCUCGAUGAACAAGGAAGUAUUUGUACGGAUAUUAUUGACACCGAUCGCAAGUUAAAAGCUGAAGAACUCGGAUAUAAGGUAAUUUUAAAGAGAUUACAUCCGGAAAGUUGUACGCCGAAAAAUCGAUUACUCGUGGGAUUCGUUGAAAAAUCAUGA